CACAGCCGUCACAACAGAGUGCGCCACCGCCACCUUCCUGACAGACGGCUUUCAGCCUGCAGCCCCCUUUUAGCCGAGGCUCUGAGGGGUCGGAUCUCGGUGGGUUAUGUUUCUCGGAGCCGGAGCUGGAGGUCUGUGCAGCUCCGACUCAUGGCGGCCGAAGUUCAGCCGCAGCCGCAGGCUCGCAAGCCGUGUCUGCUGAGCAAAAUCGAGGCUUUCCAGGACGUUGUGAGCACCGCGGUGAUCAUUCCCAAGGAAGACGGCGUCAUUAGCGUGUCUGAGGACAGGACGAUUCGGGUAUGGCUGAAGAGAGACAGCGGUCAGUACUGGCCCAGUGUCUACCACACAAUGCCAUCGUCCUGCUCCUGUAUGUCCUUUAACCCGGAGACCAGAAGGCUGUCGGUCGGGAUGGACACUGGAAGUAUCUGUGAGUUCUUACUGGCAGAGGACUACAACAAGAUGACCCCGGCACGCACCUACCAGGCACACCAGGGCCGAGUGACAGUGGUGCUGUUUGUGUUGGAGAUGGAGUGGCUUCUGAGCACCGGCCAGGACAAAAACUUCACCUGGCACUGUUCAGAGAGCGGCCAGCAGCUGGGGACGUACCACACGGCAGCCUGGGUUUCAGGACUACAAUUCGAUGUGGAGACCAGACACGCCUUCGUGGGGGACCAGUCCGGUCAGGUGACCAUCCUGAAGCUGGAGCAGGACAACUGCAGCCUGGUCACCACCUUCAAAGGACACACUGGUAAUGUGACGGCGCUGUGUUGGGACCCGGUCCAGAGGGUUCUGUUCUCCGGCAGCUCGGACCACUCCAUAAUCAUGUGGGACAUCGGAGGUCGUAAAGGCACCGCCAUCGAACUGCAAGGACACAAUGACAAGGUCCAGGGUUUGUGCUACGCCUCACACACCCGUCAGCUCAUCUCCUGCAGCUCAGACGGAGGCAUCGUCAUCUGGAACAUGGACGUAACACGGCAAGAGACCCCAGAGUGGCUGGACAGUGACUCCUGUCAGAAGUGUGAGCAGCCUUUCUUCUGGAACUUCAAACAGAUGUGGGACAGCAAGAAGAUCGGCCUUCGACAGCACCACUGCAGGAAGUGCGGCCAGGCGGUGUGCGGCAAGUGCUCGUCCAAACGCUCCACGAUCCCCCUCAUGGGCUUCGAGUUCGAGGUGCGUGUGUGCGACAGCUGCCACGAGUCCAUCACAGACGAGGACCGGGCGCCCACGGCCACCUUCCACGACAGCAAGCACAGCAUUGUUUACAUGCACUACGAGCCCACCACUGGAAAUCUGCUCACCUCUGGCUCCGACAAGGUCAUCAAGCUGUGGGACAUGACUCCUGUGGUGUCCUGAGGCCUGCGGACGGCCAGCAGUCGACAGGAAUCCUCGGCACACUGUGAUGGUUUCGUGGCGGCAGUUUGCACUUGGAAGAGAGAACGCAUCUGUGUCAUCUGGAUGAUAUUUAACAGCGAUUCAACAACGGGGCAGUGGCUGUUGCACGUUCGCAGCGGAGGACGCGGCGGCUGCAGGCCAGCGAGGCCUGAGAGCGGCGCAAGGCCUCAGUCGGCGCGAUGCAACAGGGAAGCGGCUGGUGUUUGCUUGAGUGCAGUGCGUUAAUGGGGAUCACUCUGUGUGUGUGUGUGUGUCUGGGCAAAUGUGUCAGGGGUUGUGGUAUUUGACUUUCUAAGUAAUUUACACACUUUAUUUACUAAAUUUUUCAUGCAUUCCUUGCGGAUUUCAUACUGGAAACUCACAACUGCAACUCCUCCGCGCUGAGGUCAAGCGGGUGAAGACGAACCCGAACUUUACCUCGGCGAGCUGGAUCUUAACGAGCCCAAACAUUUGUUUAGCUGCACAUUUUCCACAAAAAAGGAGCGUGUUUGCUCACUGUCAGAUCAGAUUUAACCUGAGGUGCUGCUCCGUGUUGGCAGCGGUGUGGCCCUGCAAGGUGUUUAUUUUAUCCUCUGCAAGAAAAGAAAAGUAAACUCUCAAAAACCUGCAUGUCUGUUGUUUUAUAUUAUACGCUCACUUGCCAGUUCAUUAGGUACACUAGGUGGAAAUAAAUGCUAAUAUAACAGUCCUGCACUAAAUCUGAAGGGUUUUGAUUUUUUUAAAAACUACUGAACUUUACUGUUUCUUUUAUUUUGACAAACUCUUUUAUUGUCAGUGGACUAAAGAACAGAUUCAGUGCAGCUUAAAACUACAUCCUAAAUGAUCAUAUAGUUAAAUAACCUCCUUUCUUCUUACAUUAUAACACAUUUAAAUGCAUAUAUUUACAUUAUUGUACCUAAUAAACUUGCAAGUGAGUGUAAUAUUACCAGUUUCCUAAGAAAAAAAAUAUCUUAACUACAAAAUAAUGAGUCGUCUUUCGUCGGCCGCGUAGAGGACGUCACCGUCCUGUAGGUGGUGCUCUUGGAGCCUGUGGUUAGUUCAGCUACUGUGGCUCUUAUUGACUCAUCCGGGUUUCAGGUGCUUCACAUCACCCACACUGUGAGUUCUUGUUCCCGAGUUGAAGAGACAAAAGCUCAUCUGUUCUCUGGGCUGAUCACUGUCAUCUGAGUGACACCGAGGGAACUGGUCAUGCACUUCCCUGCGUGUAACCUAAUUUAAUUAAGCGCCUGAACCCUUCACCGGAGUCCCUCUACAUCGGCCACUGUAUCAACCAAAGAGUUUUCAGACGAAGCAGGGCAGCAUUUCAAACUAUAGGAACAUCGUCUUUGCACGGCAGAAACUCAUAAAACCUCUGGAUGAGAUCGUUUAAGCAGAAAAUCUAAAUAUGUUGCAGGGAACUCGCUGGAAUUAUUGUAGCUUUAGUUCACACAGUAUAAGUCACCUCUCAUUUCAUCAGUCAUUUUACCAAGCAGGCUGUUUCCCCGUCCUUAAAAAAAAAAAAAAAAAAGACAAUAUAUUUUGUAUGUUUUGUUGACAUUGACGUUUUAUGUGAUUAUUUAUUAUUCUGUACGUGUGGUUUAAAUGUUUCUAAUAACACAUAUCGUCAAGCUAAUCAGUGGCAGCAGAUACCUGAGAGGAAACUAAUGAACGUGGUUUGUUUGUUUUUGUUUUUUUUACUGUACGGUUAAUGCACUGGAAUCAGAAAGGAAAAAAAAAUAUCAUAAAUCACAGCUGUGAAGAGAACAUUUGACAGUUUGCAAUCAUAUUAUUUUGUUUUUCAUACAGAUUUGUCUGCACUUCCAUUGCUACCCACAAAGGUACAUUUCCAGCAGAUGUUUAAUUGUAACCUCAACCUCAUUUCAGCUCCGUUAUUACAAAUACUGUUUAAUUUCUUUGCAAGAUCACUUUCAAACGCAUGGCGAGCUAAUUUAUUGUCACACCGUGCUGAAAUUAAUGUAAGUCGAUGCCUGAGACUUGACUUAAGAACACCCAAAGAUGAAACACAACAGCUUGUCGAUACCCGAGAGCGUUGUAAAUGUGAUUUUUAAAGUGCAGAUCUGCCUACAAACACACCUGUGGGAUUGUUGCAUUCCAAGUGAGUGACGCAUCCGUCUGUGGCCAGUGGUCUAGUUUUCUGUAGGGAGGAAGAAAACACUCUCUUUGUUGUGUGUUUCAGUGUCUAUUCGUGUAACUCGUGUGUUUAAAAUGACAUUAAAAUGCUGUUAUGAUUCUG